UAGUUUCGAUUUUCUGCCGUCUGCGGCGUAAACAAUUGCUGUAGGUACUAGGUAUUUGUUUCCAACUUUUGAAGUAUUGUAUUGCAUUUCAAGGCUCGUAUUUAAUUUUUGAAAAAUGGCAGAUUCCACAAUAAGCGACAUUACUAAGAUGAAAGCUGUAGAGUUACGAAAGGAAUUACGAGCACGUGUCUUGCGCUAUUCUGGCGAUAAAGCUGAACUCAUAGCAAGACUUCAGGCUGCGACACAACCCGAUGAACAUGCCGAUAUUAACCUGGAUUCAGAUGACUUAGACUCAGAAGGUGUACUAGAUGAUGAAGAUGAGAAAGCGCAUAAUGAUAUUUUGGAAGAUAGUGCAGUCGAUACGCUUAACGAGGAGUUGGCACUCGAAGAAUCCUUACCAGAAAAAACAUCUGUUGAAGCAAAGCCUCAAAAGAAUUUGAAAAGAAAAAUAACAACUGACAUACAAAAGGAACAAUCUAUUGAUAGUAAGGAAAUAGGCCCCAAAAAGAUUGUUUUAAACCGAACUAUUUCCAUGACAUCUUCCACAACUGGUACACAACCAGCUGAAAAAGAAGAGGAAGAAGCUGACAAAAUCUCACCAUUGGAAACUAAUAAAGUUAAGAUUACAAGUAAUCUGGAUUUAAAGACACGCUUAGAAAUGAGAGCUAAACGUUUUGGCCUUCCUGUUCAAGUAUCAGAUGAUAUACGUAAGGAGGCAAGAAAACAGCGAUUUGGGGCCACAAACAUUUCAAGUAAUGUAUCAAAUGUAACUAUACCUGGUACACUAACAGACAAUCUUGACAAACUUAAAAAAAGAGCAGAGAGGUUUGGCCAAUCAGUAUCGUCACUUAUGACCGACAUUGAAAAACAAGAAAAAUUGGAGAAAAGAAAAGCUAAGUUCGGUACUGUGAAAUAGAGUUAAUCUUAUAAUUUACAAGAUACUAAAAUUUCAUAACAUUUAUUACUAUAAGUACAUAAUAUAAGCUUAAAUAAAGAAGACUCGAAA